GUCUUCUAUGAAUAAUAGUAGUAUAUUAGUUGAAAUUAAUGCUUUAACAACUUUAGCUAGUAAUGAUAAUGAUACUUUAGCUGGCAGUGGUUUUAUGUAUUUCUUUGCAUAUCCUUAUCCGAAUGGUACAUGCCCUACCCAAAUUUAUAGUCCAUAUCAUAUUUAUAAUUCAGUUUUUCUUCAACUUGGUCAAAUUAUAACAUAUGGAGGACUUUUAUUUACAGUAGCAAUUUAUGGUAUUAGAUCUACAUUUGGUUGGCGUUUCACAUUUUUCCUUGAUGAUUUAGUUAUUAUAUUUUUUGGAUUUUCACCAGUAAUACCUUUUUAUGCAAUUGGUCAAAUAUGUGUAAGAGUAAAUCUUCAAAUAUUUAAUAGUAUAUUUUCAUGGGUUAUAUUUAUAUUUUGGAUUAUAUUUAGUUGGAUAUUAAUAUCAGUAAUUCAUGAUUUUAAUUAUCGUUAUGAUUUAUCAGCAAAUAGAAAAUAUAAUUUAAAAUUAAUUACAGCAUGUACACAUUUAUUUUGUGCAUUAGUAAUUUUAGGGACAAAUAUUUUUAGUGUAAUUUAUGAUUAUUAUUAUUCACAACAAGAUAUUAAUAAUAUUUUUGAAUCAACAUUCUUAAAUUUUUUUGUUAAUAUUAUAUAUCUUGGAUUAUCACUUUAUUUAGUUUGGCAUUUUUGGUUUUAUAAAAGUGCUAAAUAUGAAGAUGUUCAAAAAGAUAAACUUCGUCUUUUUCCUUUAAGAGUUUUCUUUUUAACAUUAUUUUUAUCAAUAAUUCAAGUAUUUUUCGCAUAUGCAUAUAUUUGUUCACUUCCAAUAAUUGAUAGUUUAUUUAAUUUUCUUGUUGGUAUGGUAUUAACAAGAGCUGUAGCCGCAUUUUUUUCCAAUCAAAGAAUAAUUUAUGAUUAUUUAAUGGAAGUUGAUGAUGAGACAUUUUUACUUUUUAUGAAUUAUGCUAAUGGUUAUUAUACGUGGAAAACAUCAUUGAUUGGAUAUGUGGAUAGAGAAAGAAGAUAUUUAACAUCAAAUCAUGGUGAUUCAUUCAAAAUCAAAUGCAGGAAGAUUAAUUUUAUAAAAAAAUUGAAUAAAGAAGACGACAACAUAAAAAAAUUGAAUAAAGAAGACGACAACAUAAACAAAAUGAAUAAUGAAAACGACAACAUAAACAAAAUGAAUAAUGAAAACGACAACAUAAAAAAAAUGAAUAAAGAGGACGACGAAAUAAAAAAAAAGAAUGAAGAAAUCGUAACAUUAAAAAAUAUAACAUUAAAAAUUGAAGGAGAAGAAAUAAAAAUUGAAAGAGAAAGAAUAAAAACCACUGAGGAAGAAUUACCGAGAAUGGAUUUAAAGGCAUUAACAAUUGAAGAAAUUCAAGGUGAAGGAGGAACUAUUGAAUUAUUUAGAAAUGGGAUAAUAAAAAAUAUAAAUUCAAAAUCAAAAGAUCAAGAGGAGAAGAAGAAAGAGAAGAAUUAUUGGAAACCACAUUUACAUAUCCAUGAUGAAAAUGUAUAUUUAAUACAACGGUUAAAAAUUUUUAGUAGUAGGGCAGUAAACUUUAAAAAUAUUAAAGGGAAUGUUGAAAUAAAGAAUCUAAAAUUUGAUCCAUAUGAGCCAUAUGAGGAAAAAUACUGCAUCGAAAUUGAAGAAACCAAAGAAAAUUACAAUGAAGAAACUGAUAAAAAAAUCAAGGAAAAUUCCAAUGAAGAAACUAAUAAAAAAAUCAGGGAAAAUGACAUAAUGGUCGUAAUUGAGGAGAGUAAAAUAAAAUUAAAAGCCUUGAAUCCCGAAAAGGGUUGGUUGGAUGGUGAUUGGAAAUUAAAGAUUAAAGAUGGAGAAGUUUAUAUUGUGAAUAAGAAAAAGUUAAAAUGCGAAGCAAAGAAUAAUGAAGGUACAAGAACUAUUCAUUUAGAUAGAGAUGUAAAUUUAGGCGGUUAUUGGAUUUUAUCUGAAACUGAUAAUAAUAAUAAGUAUAAACAUCAAGAUAACCAUUAUAAAACUAUAACUAUCGAUAAAGAUAGCAAAAUCGAUAUUAAAACUUUAAGAAGAUUAAAAUUAAACGGUAGUACACGUUUGAGAAUCAAGAAUGGUAAAAUACAUCUUGAAUAUAAAGUAAAAAAAAGAAAGGGUGAUGGCAAAGAAAAAUAUUUAAAGGAUGAUGGCAAAGAAAUAAAAAUCUACGAUAAACCUUUGAAAUUUGCAUUAAACAAAGCAGAUAACUGGAAUGCAAAAUUAUUAAGAAAAGAUAACGAUGAAUAUAGCAUGUUUUUGCGACAUGAAGUGUAUAACCAAAAUAUUUUAUAUAUGUCUGUUGAAGGUAAUAAGCUUAUUAAUUUAAAAUACGAUAAAGAUGAUAACUUAGAUUUUAAAAGUGGAGAUAUUAUAAAAUUGUCAUACGACAAAUUUUCAGAUAAAACGAUUAUAUAUGAAGAAGACUUAUCUGAUAGUUUCGAAUCAAUAUUAAUAAACAAUGAAAUUGAGAUUAAAAAGAUUAAAGAGAAGAAUGAUACAACAUUUGAAAUAAGUAACCAAAAUAACACUUUCUAUGAAAAGUUUAAGAGUUGGUUUUGUCAUGAUGAUAAAUUGAUAAUUAAAACAAAUCAUGAUUUCGAAUUAAAAUAUAUUAGAAAACAUGCUUUGUGGAAGAAUUGUGAAAAUAAACAUUUCAUUGUGAACAAAGAUGAUAAAACUGAUUCUGAAAUUAUAAAAGAUGAUAAUAUUAUAAAAAUUCAAAUGUAUGCACAUUCAAUAGUGAAGAUAAAUAAAACCGAUCCAAGAAUAUCAAGAUUAGAAAAUGGUGGCACGUUAGAAAUUCGAAUUGACAAAGAAAAUCGAUCAGACAAAAAAGACAAAAAAGAUGUAGUGAAAGUUAUUCUUUCUAGAUAUAUUAGUUUUCAGAAUCGAGGGAUAUUGAAAAUUGAAAAAGGUUGCGUUACAUAUACUGAUAAGCCUGAAAAUAAAAAUUAUAUCGACUUGACCAAACAUGGAUUCUUGAAUUAUAUAAUUUAUAAUCAUAAGAAAGAAGUAAAAAAGUUACGCGAUCGAAAAAGAGAGCAAAGAAUGCAAGAAAUAGAAGAGAAAAAAAUACAAGAAAUAGAAGAGAAAAAAAUGCAAGAAAUAGAAGAGAAAAAAAGUUAA